CUUUUAUGACAUUUGGUGGCCUUUAGUCCUAUGGGAGCAGAUAGCAGCAGUUCGAGAGCGAGGUCGAAGUCGCAAUCAAGAUCGAGGGAAAAGGAACUAUUGAUCGAUAGAUUGGGAGAGGGCGGUGAUAUGAACGGUGGGGAGGCGGGAGGAGGAGGGAAGGAGAUGGAGGAGGACAGGAAGGAGGUCAGGGGAGCGGCGGCAGAUGAUGAGAUGGUGAAGGAGGAGGAGGGAAGGGCGAAGGAGAAGUCGGUGCUGAUGUGGGGCUACCUUCCGGGAGUGUCGCCGCAUAGAUCGCCGCUUCUUUACCCUGUUGCCGUCCGAAUGCCGGAUUCGGCCGCCAGAGACCGGUGGAUGGAUGUCAGCGGCGGCGGAUGCGGUUUCGCCAUGGCCAUUUCUGAGUCAGGCAAGCUCUUUACAUGGGGUUCAACAGAUGACAUGGGCCAAAGCUAUGUUACUUCAGGAAAACAUGAGGAGACACCGGAGGUAUUUCACCUUCCAACUGAGGUGCCCAUUGUCAAGGCAGCUGCAGGAUGGGCUCACUGUGUAGCAGUCACAGCUAAUGGAGAAGUCUAUACAUGGGGAUGGAAAGAGUGUGUGCCAACUGGGAGGAUUGUCAAAGAACAGUCUUACUCUGGAGGAACCUCAGAAAAAGAAGAAAGGCAUAGUGGAUCAUUGAGUGAUCAAGUGAGCCCAAGGUUGCAGGGCUCAAGAAUUGGUGGAGUUGUUUCAGAAUUUGAUACUGGAUGUGGUGAGAAGAAUAGUAAGCGGAGAAGGCUAUCUUCAGCCAAAGUGGAACCAGAAAACAAAUCAUCUAGCGAAGAAACUCUUUCAGCUCUUCCAUGUCUUGUAACUCUUGACACAGGAGUCCGUAUCGCGAGUGUGGCUGCUGGUGGACGCCAUACACUGGCAUUGUCUGUUUCAGAUGUAGGCCAGGUCUGGGGUUGGGGAUAUGGAGGGGAAGGGCAACUUGGUUUAGGAUCUCGUAUCCGGAAUGUGUCUUCUCCUCAUCCGAUACCUUGUGUAGAGUCAGCUUCUUUUAGUAGAGACCAACCAUCAGCAGCUACCCAAGGAAAACAAAGUCUAGAUGGACAGGCUUAUAAAUGCAUGGGAAGCUGUGUAAAGGCCAUUGCUUGUGGAGGUCGUCACAGUGCUGCAGUUACAGAUACAGGAGCUCUACUUACUUUUGGUUGGGGACUCUAUGGACAGUGUGGACAAGGAAGUACGAAUGACCAGCUGAGCCCAAAAUGUGUAUCAUCUCUAUUGGGUGUCAAGAUACAUGAAGUUGCUGCUGGCCUGUGGCAUACCAUCUGCACGUCUGUUGAUGGUGGUGUGUUUUCCUUUGGCGGGAAUCAAUUUGGGCAGCUAGGAACUGGUUCUGAUCAAGCUGAGACUCUUCCCAAGCUAUUGGAUGCUCCAUGUCUGGAAAACAAGAGUGCUAAACGGGUCUCUUGUGGAGCACGUCAUACUGCUGUGAUGACAGGAGAUGGACAAGUAUUUUGCUGGGGAUGGAACAAAUAUGGUCAGCUUGGUUUAGGAGACGCAACCGACAGAAACAUUCCCUCUUUGGUUCCGAUCAACAACUAUCAACCUAAAAAUGUAUCUUGCGGUUGGUGGCAUACAUUGGUUCUAUCGGAAUCUCCAACGUGAAGCUCUACUGUUCCAAAAACACUUAUCACAAUUUUAUGUAAUUUAAGAUGGAUUCGGAUCGGACAAACAAGUUUUAUGUGAUGCAUAUGAUGUCAAAAGAAUCAAUCAUUAUCAGAAAGCUAAACCCCAACUGCUCUCUUUUUUACGCUUCCACGGAUCAGGCAUGCAGUGGCGCGUCAUCCUGGAGUUCCUCCUAAUCCCCCCCCAACGACGGAGAGUUCUCCAGUGUAGAAAGAAUCUUUUGAUGCAACACUGUGUCGAUAGAUAAGAUCAAAUCAAACACUGCUGCAUUUGCAGUGGCAAUUCUUAAUCAUUUUCAAUCUUUUAAUUUUUAUUUUUUCUUGUUGACUAAGAAAUGCCAGUUGGUUGCUUGCAUCACAAGUACUUCUACUAUCUUAUCUUGAUCACAUCAGCAAGGUUAUUAGAGAAUUCAGCUGAGUUAUCCGUUUACAUCAAAGUAUCCAUCCACAUCACUCUUAACCACCAGAGCACACAGGUUUGUGUGAAUCAACCACUUGCCAUGGAUUCUCUUCACCUUUCCUCCCAUCUCUAUCCUUCUUUGAUGCUUCAUCUCAUACUGUCAGCAAUAAAUAAUCUGCUUUACAUCACAUAACACAAAAGAUGGGAAACACAUCUUUUCGUUCCAUCUUCCUUAACAGUCCUCUUUUACUUCUUUUUGCUUGCUGAUGUGCUUGAAACGAGGACAGAUGUUCUCCUUCACCCGAUCACAAGCUGUACACCAUUUAAGUUGGGGUGACAUAUCUCCAACCUUGCACUCAUUUGCAGCCACAAGGGUGUCAUGGUGUGCAGUUGCAUCCAACAUGAAACCCUAAAAUAUUUGACAUAUGAACUCAUGUGUGUUAUAUUAAUGCAGUUUAGUCUUGCAUUGUUGAAACAUGAUUCAUUGAAACCAAGUGGUGGCAUGGAGUUCUCAAAAUUGCCACACAUAAAUGAAAAAGCCAAUUCCAAUUUCCAGAUGGUUAGAUACAUUUCAACAAUGCUUUCAGUGUCAAUUCAAGAUGUGACAUAAUGGUUUCAAGCUAUGGAGAGAGCUGCCCAAUUUAGAGUAACACAUUAAUUUCCCAUUUCUGUGAGGUAAAAUCCUGCACAAAAUCUUAGACACAAUCUGAAAGGAACAUGUCACCAAAACAUAGCAAACUGCACAUCUAUUGGGGUUAUCUGAUGAUAAUUAUGUUGGAAAGAGGAUGAGGACUCCAACCUAACCCUGGAAGUAUAUCCAAUAAAAUUGGCAAGAUGUUCAUAGAAGCAACUGCGCAGGAUGGACCAAAGACCAAUCCUGCAACUUUAUGCUCCUCCAAAAGACCAAAUUGGUGUUGCAUCGAGAAGAAGUUGCCGUUCCUGACCAUUUGCUGCAGCCAGCUUUCUCAUACAAUCUUUCUACCUCUGUCUAUUUAAGCCAACCCCUUCCUACUUUGGUUUCUCUUCAGGAGAAGCACAAGCUUCUUUGCUCUUAUCCUCCCCUCACCCCCUACUGUUCGACCAAAAGUGUACUUUCUUCUUCUCUCACGAUGGAAGGCCUCAUUCCCUUCGUGUACAGAGCCAUACUGCACUACGCCCAUGGCGAGGAAGCUCCUUCGAGGAAUUCAUGGCUCGACGAGUCACCCUCAGCUUCUUACAUGAGAUUGCCUGGUGACUCCGGCAGGCUUCGUUACCCGGAGAUCCACCUCCUUUCGUCCUCGCCCCCGGCGGCCGCGCCCGCUUCAGCUACGACGCAGUCGCUCACGCGGCGGUCCGCCUCGCCCCGAGUGGCUUAAGGGAUCACGAAGGUGAUCGAGUCCAACACCGUGGCUUUCUUGGCUCGACUGGAAGAAGGUCAACGCAUGUUGAUUGCCCUCCUGUUUGUUCCUGCUGCUACGAGUAGUAAGUAUUACCACAGCAUGUGAAUGAUUGUUGUGGCAAGCUCUUUCUCUCUAUCUCUCUCCUUUGUGUUGGAAUAAGGCAUGGAUCUCCCAAGGAGUCAACACCAUCAAUCAAUGGUAACUGUAAAGAUCUUGAGAAGGAACAGUAGUGUUAAUUCUUGUAAAUAUUAGGUGGUUGGGUUGUGAGGAUCUUCCUUCUGAUGUUCUAAAGUGAACAGAGAAAUUAUAGUAUUUGGUCCAGAUUUCAUGAA